AUGCAUUCACAGAACGGUUUGAGGGUCGAUGCUCCAGACGGGAGCGCGAUUAUUGGCUCGACAGGCGGUGAGGUUGACGUCGCAUUCCCUGCUGGAGAGAAUCGAGCGACAACGACGGUGCCCGUGAGGCGGACUGCAAUUGGGUGCCGGGUGGGGUUCAUGAGCAGGGCCCAUCCGGCUGCCACGGCUGGGAUCUCGACCCCUGCGUGGCUUUGCAGGUGGUGGUUGUGGUGGUGGUGGAGGAAGGAGGAGAAGGAGGAGGAAGAACCUCGGGCUGGGACCAGGGCCCAUGACCAGGAUCAGGACGACCAGGGCCAGGACCAGGGCGGUGGGCGCUUCAUCACGACCUCAGGGUGA